GAUAAAUGCCAUCACUAAUUUGUCAAAAGUGCGACUAAUACAAUUGGAAAAAAUAAAAUUUUGUUCUUACUGAUUCAUUUUAUACAAUAAUUACCAAUAUAGUACUGAAAAAAUGCCAGAAAUUACUGAAAUUGUUGAUAGUGAUGAAGAAUUUCAAGAUGCCGUAAGCGAUGAGUCGUCAUUAACAAAUUCUGGCAGCACAAACCCCUCAACAACAGCGGCAUCAGGCGAAACCAAAACUUCCAAUGCAGAAAUUGUUGAGGAAAUAAUAAAACAACAAACAAAUUUAAAGCUAGAUGACGAAGACAAAUCAGACAAUAUUGCCAGUGGUAGUGGUACGGAAAAAACUGAAUCCGAAUCUGCUCCUGAAUAUCUGCAUGAAGAAAUUGACGAAAAUGAAUUGGCAGAAAAGGAAAAAUCUAUGACACCAGAGGAGUUAGAAGCUAACAAAGAAAAGGCUGAUAAAAUGAAAUUACAAGCCAACGAACUAUUUAAAAACAAUCAAGCUGAAGAAGCUAUAGACAUGUAUACGGAAGCUUUAAAAAUAUGUCCCCUUAAGGCCACAAAAGAGAGGGCAGUAUUGUUCGGCAACAGGGCUGCUGCAAAAAUUAAAUUGGAUUCGAAAAAAACUGCCAUUGAUGAUUGCAGUAAAGCAAUAGAACUAUGGCCAGAAUAUGUUCGUGCUUUGUUAAGACGUGCUAAACUUUACGAACAUGAAGACAAGUUAGAUGAAGCUUUAGCGGACUAUAAAAGUGUUUACGAGCUGGAUCCUGGUCAAAAUGAGGCGCGUGAAGCUAUGGUUCGUUUACCGCCUAUUAUAGAAGAACGCAACGAACGUUUAAAAGCGGAAAUGAUGGAAAAAUUAAAAGAUUUGGGAAAUAUGAUAUUAAAACCAUUUGGUUUAUCUACUUCAAAUUUCCAAAUGCAAAAAGAUCCCAAUACUGGUUCAUACUCAAUUAAUUUUAACCAAAAUAAUAGCUAGAUAAUUGUUAAAUAA